UUGUAUCUGUUUGCAAGACCUGAAAGCGGAAGCGGAAGCAGCAUGCUUCCAAGUCCUAAGGAGAGAGAAUGGGUUCUUCAAUUUUAGCUCUCGGUGUUUGUAACUCCUGCCUGAAAGGACGGUUGAAUGGCUUUACAAGACCUAAAAACUGGAAGUGGGCUAUUGAUUUAGGAGCUUUAAGAACUAUUUAUAGUGAAACUGGAAAAUGGGAGAAAGAAUAUGGACUAGAGACCAGAAAAAAAGUUGAAAAUUGGUGGCGCCACAGAAUAAAAGAUAAUUUCACUAAAAUUAAUGAAGUGGAUACAUCAAAGCAAAAGUUUUAUGUGUUGUCAAUGUUUCCGUACCCUUCGGGAAAACUCCACAUGGGUCACGUUCGAGUUUACACCAUAAGUGAUGCUGUAGCCAGAUUUCAGAGGAUGAGAGGAAUGCAGGUCAUUAAUCCAAUGGGAUGGGAUGCUUUUGGACUGCCUGCUGAAAAUGCAGCAAUUGAACAUGGAUUGCAGCCGGAUACAUGGACGAAGAGUAAUAUUCGGAAUAUGAGGGAGCAACUUGACAGAGUAGGACUCUGCUUUAGCUGGGAUAGGGAAAUCACCACUUGUUCAGAGGAUUAUUAUAAGUGGACUCAGUACUUAUUUGUUAAGAUGCAUGAAGCAGGACUUGUUUAUCAGAAAGAGGCCUUAGUUAACUGGGACCCAGUGGACCACACAGUACUUGCAAAUGAGCAAGUGGAUGAAAAUGGAUGUUCAUGGCGCUCUGGUGCAAAAGUGGAACAAAAAUAUCUGAAGCAGUGGUUUCUUAAAACAACUGUGUUUGCAAAGGCUAUGCUUGAUGCUCUGGCUGAUAUUCCAGCGUGGUACGGUGUGAAAAGUAUGCAAGCUAACUGGAUUGGGGAGUGCACAGGCUGCUUUUUCGAUUGCAUGUUAAAGUUGGAUAAAGUGGAAACUGGAGAGAAGAUUUUUGCAUAUGCUUUUAAUCCAGAGACUAUUUAUGGGGCGUCGCAUAUAGAGAUUUUGCCAAACCACAGACUCUUGCAAGGAAGCAGUAGUCUAAAAGAAGCCCUAAAGGAAGCAUUCUCAGCUGGUAAAGAUUGUCUCACCCGAGUGUCAGCAGUGAAUCUUUUCACAAGGCAGGAACUCCCUGUUGUCAUAUCACGGAAAUCUGAAUUUGAGGGCUAUCUAGACACAAAGAUUGGUAUCCCCAGCACUAGUUCGGAAGAUGCAACUUUAGCUGAUAAACUGGGACUGUCCUAUAUCAGAGUUAUUGAAGCAAUCAACGAAACAGAGAAAAUUGUAAACUCGGGAGAGUUCACAGGUUUGACUAGACAAGAAGCAUUUCUUGCCAUUACCCAGGAAGCACAAAAAAAAGGAGUUGGCGGACACCUAACUAGUGACAAAUUAAGGGACUGGCUGAUAUCGAGGCAGCGUUAUUGGGGCACUCCAAUCCCCAUCAUACAUUGUUCAUCCUGUGGAACUGUGCCUGUGCCUUAUGAUGACUUACCUGUGGUCUUGCCUACUUUGUCUGCUUUCACAGGGAAAGGAACUUCAGCUUUAGCUAGUGUCUCAGAGUGGAUAAACUGCAAAUGUCCCAGAUGUAUGGGAGCAGCUGUAAGAGAAACUGACACAAUGGAUACGUUUGUUGAUUCUGCUUGGUACUACUUGAGAUAUACAGAUCCACAUAACUCUGAAAGGCCUUUUAACAAGUCCUUGGCUGAUUUCUGGAUGCCAGUCGAUUUGUACAUUGGUGGGAAAGAACACGCUGUGAUGCAUUUAUACUAUGCACGCUUCUUUAAUCACUUCUGCAAUGCUCAAGAUAUGGUGAAACACAGGGAACCUUUUCAGAAGCUCUUAGUUCAGGGCCUUAUUAAAGGUCAGACAUAUAGACUUGCUUCAAGUGGGAGAUAUCUGAAGAGGGAAGAAGUUGAUGUUAGUGGUCCAGAACCAACUCACGCUGAGACAGGGGAGAAACUUCACAUAACAUGGGAGAAGAUGAGUAAAUCCAAGCACAAUGGAGUUGACCCUGAGGAAAUGGUACAACAAUACGGCAUUGACACUACCAGACUCUAUCUCCUCUUCGCUGCUCCUCCUGAACAAGACAUUUUGUGGGAUGUGAAAACUGAUGCAAUACCUGGGGUGAGAAGGUGGCAGUCUCGACUCUGGUCGUUAACCAGCAAGUAUAUUGAUGCCAGGAAUUCGUCAACUAAACCGAGUCCUCAGCUUCUCAAUAAGAAGGAUGUAGCAGAAGCCCGAAAAAUAUGGGAAUACCGAAACCUUGCUGUUUCAGAGGUAACCAGCUACUUCUCGGAGGAUUAUAUGUUCAACGCAGCUAUUUCCCAGCUAAUGAGUCUCAGCAACAUACUCUCGCAAUCCAGUGCACGGGUUGUCGAACACAGUUCGGAGUUUGAGGAUGCUUUAGCAAGUCUCUGUAUUAUGAUUGCACCCAUGGCUCCACACCUGGCUUCAGAGUUAUGGAAAGGCAUGGCACAUGUGCAGCAUAAACUGUGUACACAGUACAAUUGGGAUGCUGAUGUCCUCCUUCAACCAUGGCCUACUGUUGACCCCGAGUAUCUUCGCGUGCCUGACACUGUGGCUGUAUCUGUAUUGGUUAACAACAAAUCCUAUGGUACAGUUGCUAUACCUUACAACGAAUCCCAGGAUUUGAAGACUGUGCAAGACCUGGUGCUUCAGAGUGCCCUUGGAGAGGCACACCUUAAAGGGCGCAUUAUUAAAAAAGUAUUCCUCUCUCCACGGACAGCCCUAAUCAGUUUCCUUGUAGAAUAAUAAAGCUUCAGCAUGUGGGAGGAACUGUAGUAAUAAUAAGCUGUGUUAAGCGUGAUGCUAAAUUACUCAAACGAAAUUGGUGCUGGGAAAAUGAAGAAUCUACACUUCUAAACACACACACUGUAUGCACAGGGCUUAUUGAAGAUAUUAUAAAACGUAAUGGAAAUUGCGAACAAACAGUCAUAUCCAGAAUGUUUUAUUACAGAAAAUGAUUUUGUUUCUGAGAAGCUAAUGAAAUGCUUGAAAGUACAGACAAGGCAAAUGUGUGUAUAGUGUUGUACUCUCAUUAAUGGGCUUUUCCUGAUGUAUUUCUUGCCACUAAGGAUGUUGACACAUCUGCCUGAAAAAAAAUUCACUGUGAACGAUUUCAGAACUGUGCUGAAAGCAGUCUGCAGACAACCCUUACCUAUACUAGAUACAUUUGAGUUUUUCGACUUACAAGUGAGGAUUCUGCUCUUGUUCUUAAAAAUACUUAUAAAUACAAUUUAAAAAAAAUUUAAUAGUAAGCCAAACAAACAAUGCAUAAUCAUUGAGAAACAUGUAGAGAAAAACUAAAGGAUACAAUACUUUCCCUGAUAUGAUAAAGGAGGUCAGGUUAUUCAUCCAUGUACUCUAACACUUGUCAAUCAUUAAGUGUCUGUCGAACUUUAAAAUCAAGGAUUGACAAGGACCCCCACAGGGCCAAAAAAACAUUGUUGAGCCUGUCUGCCUGCUUCACUGUAUUGCAUCAAAGAAUCCAUGUAUUAAAAAAAUACUUGAAAAAAUUACCAAAUAACAUCACAAUGAAAAUACAUAUCUAGUGCCGCAGGAUACAACACUUUCCCUAAUACACCUUUACCCAUCUAAACAAAAGGAUUCAUGCCUUGCUUUUCCCCUCUAGCAUUCAAAAUGGUAUCUCAACAAUAUUUGAAUUUAACAUAAUGGCCUGAACCCAGUCCCUUUCACAGUACAACUUAGUUUAUAUCAUUAGACUAGUCUGUAGUUUAUCAUACACCAAAAGGAAUAAAUAUAGUCCCAACAUAAUGUAAUGUUUUGUUUUUUUAGAGACAGAUAUUUUUUUAAUCUAACACAAGAUCAUAGAAACAUUGGGAAAAUGGCAAGAUAGAGAAGAAAUGUACACUGCUACUUUGUUAACUUGAGUCGAACAUUACAAUUGUGAUCAUAAAGUAUGCUAUGCAGGCCAGCAUUGUUUGAAACAAGUCAUCCUAUAAUAUAGUUGUAAUUUUCUUAAAAGAAUUCAGAAAUGUAAUUGUUUUUU